AAUACGCGGUGAGGUAUCAUUUGGGACACCCUGAGGGGUCACAUGAUACGUCGUUUAACGAACGAAAUUGAACGAUUUUUGUGUCACAUGACAUUUUGUCUCAGGUGAUUUUCCUCCAAAAAGUUCGGGAGUUGUGCAGAAAUUUGCUCCAAGUUCUUGUGAUUUGUGCAAAUUUCCUCGUCUCUACACCUUCAUCCAAUCACUGAAUCCUUUGUCUUCAUUGAUCAACACAGCGCAAAGGAAGGAUGUAUUCUUCGUCGAUGAAUGCGAAGCAGGCACAGCGGGAGCAUGUCCUGGCUGUAUCUCGUGAUUUCCUCUCGCAACCUCGUCUCACCUACAAGACGGUGAGUGGUGUGAAUGGGCCCCUGGUCAUCCUGGACGAGGUGAAAUUCCCCAAAUUCGCAGAAAUUGUCCAGCUCCGUCUGAGCGAUGGCACCAUCCGUUCGGGGCAGGUGCUGGAGGUGAGUGGCUCCAAGGCCGUCGUCCAGGUGUUCGAGGGCACCUCUGGGAUUGAUGCAAAGAACACCCUUUGCGAAUUUACGGGUGAUAUCCUCCGCACGCCCGUGUCCGAAGAUAUGCUGGGUCGUGUCUUCAACGGAAGCGGUAAGCCCAUCGAUAAGGGCCCCCCAAUUCUCGCUGAGGACUUCCUCGACAUCCAGGGACAACCCAUUAACCCGUGGUCACGUAUCUACCCCGAGGAAAUGAUCCAAACCGGUAUUUCGGCCAUUGAUGUGAUGAACUCCAUUGCUCGUGGCCAGAAGAUUCCCAUCUUCUCAGCCGCUGGGUUGCCGCACAACGAAAUUGCUGCCCAGAUUUGUCGUCAAGCUGGCUUGGUGAAAGUUACGGGGAAGUCAGUGCUGGAUGAGCAUGAGGAUAACUUUGCCAUCGUCUUCGCCGCUAUGGGUGUGAACAUGGAGACGGCGCGUUUCUUCAAGCAGGACUUCGAGGAGAAUGGCUCCAUGGAGAAUGUGUGCCUCUUCCUCAAUCUGGCCAAUGAUCCCACAAUUGAGCGUAUCAUUACGCCCCGUUUGGCUCUCACGGCAGCCGAAUUCCUGGCCUAUCAGUGCGAGAAGCACGUCCUUGUCAUCCUCACGGACAUGUCCUCCUACGCUGAGGCUCUGCGUGAGGUGUCUGCUGCUCGUGAAGAGGUGCCCGGUCGUCGUGGUUUCCCCGGUUACAUGUACACGGAUUUGGCCACAAUCUACGAGCGUGCCGGACGUGUUGAGGGCAGGAAUGGCUCCAUCACCCAGAUUCCCAUUCUUACUAUGCCUAACGAUGACAUCACUCACCCUAUUCCCGAUUUGACUGGAUACAUCACCGAGGGACAGAUCUACGUUGAUCGUCAGCUGCACAAUCGUCAAAUUUACCCACCCGUGAAUGUGUUGCCAUCGCUGUCGCGUUUGAUGAAGUCCGCUAUUGGUGAGGGUAUGACAAGGAAGGAUCACUCUGAUGUGUCCAAUCAGCUGUAUGCAUGCUAUGCCAUUGGCAAGGAUGUGCAAGCCAUGAAGGCUGUCGUGGGUGAGGAGGCUCUCACACCUGACGAUCUCCUGUACCUGGAGUUCCUCACGAAAUUCGAGAAGAACUUCAUUUCGCAAGGAAACUACGAGAAUCGCACUGUGUACGAAUCCCUUGACAUUGGCUGGCAGUUGCUCCGUAUCUUCCCCAAGGAGAUGCUCAAGAGAAUCCCUGCUUCCAUCCUUGCUGAGUACUAUCCCCGUGAUUCGCGUCAUUAAGCUCCCCGCCCUCCGGACAACUUCCCAGAAUGUCCAUAUCUCGCGCUUCGGGGUCCGCAGCAAUUUAUCUUUCUUUUGAUUUUAAUGUUAAUACAAAAAAAAAACGAGGAUGGUCGAGUGCAAAAUAAGGCGUUUAGCUGGAUAGCUGAUAAGUAGAAUUUCUUUUUUGGAAUCAUUCCACCACAAGUAUUUUAAUGAAACAAAUAAUUGGGGAGCGCCCCCAUGCACUCCCCGCAAAUGUCGUGUAACCCAAAAUUGUAAAAUUAUGUGCGCGUUAUGAUUAAAUGUAACGGCAAAUUAAAAGAUUUAUGUAAAAAGAAAAAUCUUUAAUGUUAAAUAAAUGUUAGACGUUUCUUGGUUUCAAAA